UCAUCAUGUACUAUCUAUAGAUAUAUCGUUGCCUUUCGUUAGAACUUACAAAAAUAUAAUUACUAAAUGAACGGAUGGGCAAUGGCAGAUGCAGAAAGCAAAGACAUGACAAGAACCACGUAAAUGUUCAAAGCCAGACAAUUUGUGCUAAUCCGUUUCUCGUGGUUUUUGCUGUGCAUUACCUAUUUUGUUGUUAUUUUGUGCGGUGUCUCCGCGGCCCGUGCCACUACCAUCCUCUUAACCUUACCAAUAGUGACUUUUCACGGAUGAUCUUGUGAUGCCAGAUACAAAAUGUACCAGAGGAUUGCUCCCCCAGUGGUUGGGUGAUUGAUGUACUGUACAUGACAAGUCUAAGUGGAGAGCUGUCAGACACAUUGACAUGAUAUAACGGGAAGUGAUUUCAAGGAAAAGAAAAUUACCACUGUAUUAUUAUUAUUAAUAUUAAUAUUAUGAUUGUUAUUAUUAUCAUUACAUUACUUAUUAUUUUAGAAUAUGCAGUUUUUUCAUCCAUUUUCCCUUCUGUUAGAGCAAAUUUUUCUUGAGUACCAGUCACAUUUUAGUCAGGAAAAGUAUUAUUUUGGCUUUACUUCCAAUUUUUUUGCUGUUCAAAUCACCACCGUUAUCAUUCACCAAGACCACACAGGAUAUGACAAAAGUGUAAUAGUUGCAAAAAGAAUGUUGGAUUGGAGAAAGAGGAAGCACCUCAUGGUUGGAGGGCAGCUUCAUGGAUAUGGACUCAAGAUCCUUCUAUUUGCAGUUUUGUUCAAAUUUGAAAAAUAGCAUAAAUGCGACAUCAUCAAUUCUGAGUAUUAGAAGAGCAUCAUCAGAGGCAAGAUGGGGAAAGCUGAAAAAGGAACUCCUAAGGACCUGGCCAAUCGUAUGAAAGCCAAGGGGCUCCAGAAAUUGCGUUGGUACUGCCAGAUGUGUCAGAAGCAGUGCCGUGAUGAGAAUGGCUUUAAGUGUCACACCAUGUCAGAGAGUCACCAGCGACAACUGCUUCUAUUUGCUGAUAACCCUGAAUCUUUCUUGGACAGUUUUUCAGAGGAGUUUCUAGAGGGGUAUCUGGGACUGCUGAAGCGAAGGUUUGGUACAAAACGUGUACAUGCGAACAAUGUCUACCAGGAAUAUAUUCAGGAUCGUGAUCAUGUUCAUAUGAAUGCAACACAGUGGGAAACACUCACAGAUUUUGUGAAGUGGCUGGGACGAGAGGGUCACUGUGUUGUGGAUGAGACAGAAAAGGGUUGGUAUGUGACCUACAUUGACAGAGACCCAGAGACCCUCAGGAGACAGGCAGCAGCUCAACGGCGUCAAAAAGCAGAGCGUGGACAGGAGGAGCGUAUGCAAGAUUUCAUUCAACGUCAGAUUGAACUUGGACGUGCUAAGGAUCCUGUGGACAAGUUGCAAGGUGAUGAGGCAGCAGCAGCACUCCAACGUGAAGAUGGUGCCACUAUCAGCUUGACUCUUAAAGCUGGCCCUGCACGACCUCGCCUCUCUGGCCUGGAGGGUGGCAAUGCUUUGAAAAUUGUUUCAGGAAAGCAAGCAGAAAAGGUCAAGAAGGACACAAAAAAGCGCACUGCUCUUGAUGAAAUUAUGGAAGAAGAAAUGAAAGGCAAGAAAUCGCGUGAAGAGAGCACCACACUAGGAAAAGAAAAGUCAAAUAGUUCUACUGAGGAAACAAGAGACCUUCCUUGGGUCAUUGAGGAUAUCAUAGUGAAGGUUGUAACAAAAGACCUUGGAUCAAAAUAUUAUAAACAAAAAGGGAUAGUGAAAGAGGUAGUUGGAAAAUAUGCUGCCAUUGUUCGACUCUUGGACUGCAAUACAAAGCUAAAGUUGGACCAGACACACUUAGAAACUGUGAUUCCAUCAGUUGGGCGGGCGGUAUUGGUGGUUGCUGGCCCUCGGCGUGGAUCUCAAGCUAUGCUCCACAGCAUACAAGAAGAAAGUUUCAGUGCAACAUUAGACUUUGAAGGCCAGUUAGUGCCUGGUAUUCCAUAUGAGCAAUUUAGCAAGUUGGUGCCAUCCUAGGGAAAAGUAGGAGUGAGUGUUUAACUGCAGAAAUUGUCUGCUCAAUUAUGAGCCUUGUUAAUAUGGAUUGUCUUCAAAGGAAAACUAAUGUACCAAUUUAUAGAAAAAAUCAAGUACAUGUACAAAUAAGUCAAGCAAUAGUUGAAGGAGUAAGAGCAUUGAUAUAUAAUUAGAUAAGGGCAUGACAAACAAAGCAUCGUAAAAAUUUAGUACAAAAUUUUUUUAUACUUGUGCCCUUAACCUUCACUAGACAAAUUCAACAAACACAAAGUGUGCAAUUGUGCAAGUAGGUAAAAUAAAUGAAAGCAAUGCACCAGAAUCAGUUUUGCAGUAACAUGGAUUGCCUCUACUAGAAUCUGAUCUAAAAUUCUGUGACCUACAAUAACUUUGCUGAAAUGUAAAUUGGAAUCAGUUGGACUUUUCUGUUUAGUGAUGGUUGUCUACCUUUAUAGCAAGCUAACAUUCUUCUUAAAGAAGAGUAAACAAGGCAAGGUGUCUAUAUUAAUUUGUUGAUUCAUUCCCUGUCAUCUUUGUCACGUAGCCACUAGGGGGAGAUAGGAAGAUCUAUUGCAUAGCACACACAGCAACUGCUUUACCUUUGCUGCACCAUGGUAGACUUUUCUUUCCCACAUCUUAAUCAAUUAUUGAUAAGAUCAUAUGCAGGAAAGCAGUGGUGGAAGUUCUCAAGGACAUGUCAUUUAUAUAUUAAGAAUGGUUUCUAUCCUUCCUUACCAUCAUUGACCUCACAUCAAAUGCUCUCUUCUCACUGUCCAUCCAUCCCUUUCAUGGAUUUUCCCUUAGUCUUAAACCUCUUGCAUAUAUUCUCUACUUAACCAAAUCAUUCCAAUGCUCUUUGCUUCAUUAGUUCAAAGUCCAACAACAGUUUAUUAAUUUCUUACUGUAAGCAUGUUUCUUAACACAUGCUUUCCAGAAACUAUUUUCACACACACACACACACACACACACACACACACACACACUAACACCGGGUAGUGUAGUGGUUAGCACGCUCAACUCACAAUCGAGAGGGCCCGAGUUCGAAUCCCGGGAAGUGGCGA